AUGGACGGCCAGACCUCUGGGACCAGCUCUGCUGGUAACUCCAGCGACUUCGUUCGCAAAUUAUACAAGAUGUUGGAGGAUCCGUCGUACUCGGACAUUGUACGCUGGGGUGAUGAGAAUGACAGUUUUGUCGUACUAGAGUGCGAAAAAUUCACAAAAACCAUCCUCCCAAAACACUUCAAACACAGCAACUUUGCCAGUUUCGUCCGCCAGCUCAACAAGUACGACUUUCACAAAGUGCGCCAGAAUAAUGAGGAAACAGGACAAUCGCCGUAUGGCCCGAAUGCCUGGGAAUUCAAACACCCCGAGUUCAAAGCUAAUAAUAAAGAUUCGUUGGACAACAUUCGAAGAAAAGCGCCCGCGCCUCGAAAACCAACCCAAAUAAACGAAGAAACCGUGCCCACACAGCAGAUCGACUUGAUGAACACUCAACUCAUGGCUCAACAACAGCAAAUCCAGCAAUUGAGUGAACGGAAUACGCAACUUACCGUCGACUCCCAAAUGAUUAUGCAGGAAGUCAUGCGCUUACAAAAGACGAUCCUUUCACACGAGAAUGUCAUUCAUAACUUUAUGAACUACUUGUUCACCGUUGACGCUCGACAUCGCCGCGAAAGUCGCGCAAACGGUACCUUUGCUCAAGACGGAUCCGCUGCAGACGAUCUCCCGGCAUCGCCAUUACAACAAGCAUCCAAGAUUCUCAGCGAAAUGAACUCUUCGCAAAUGCCGCCGAACAUGGUGCAGUUCGACAUGAAUGAUCCCUCCAAAGCACAGAUAAUCCAGACGCCUCCGUUAGGCGCUGGCGCACGGAACGGCAUCUCCCGAGCUCCCAAUUCGGCUGGAUCGAACGCUUCAAUGGGCUUUUCUAAGAUGAAUGGAGAACUCGAGACCGUUGUUUACCCUGUCGGCACGACCAAUGGCAUCGAUCCGAUGUACAGCGAGCAUGUGAACAAUAUUCCAUACUCGAUUCAGCCAAAGGAUGUUGCUGCCCAAGAGCCAGUUGCUCAGCAACAAAUACAGCGGCCGUUUAACGAAACUCGGAAAAAGAAUACCCUUGUCAACCCGGGCUGGAUCAAGCAACCGAACAUUCUGCUGGUUGAAGAUGACGAUACGUGCCGUCAGAUUGGUGGUAAAUUUUUGGGUUCUUUUCAAUGUCAGAUUGACAACGCCUACGAUGGUUUACAAGCCGUCACCAAGGUACAGUCCGGCAAGAGGUACGACUUGAUUUUGAUGGAUAUCAUAAUGCCUAAUUUGGAUGGAGUAUCUGCAUGUCAUUUGAUCCGUCAAUUUGAUCGCACACCAAUUAUUGCCAUGACAUCGAAUAUUCGCAAAGAUGAUAUUGAGCUGUAUUUCCAACACGGAAUGGAUGACGUCUUACCAAAACCCUUUACAAGAAAGAGUCUCCUCGACAUGCUGGAAAAACACUUGAUGCACCUCAAAACUGUCCCUGCAACCACCAUGGAUCCAGUGUCGGUAACGCCCAUGACGACUCACACAUCGGCAGCGCAGUCUAUCAAGGAAGACAGUUCUCCUGGACAGUCACCUGCCGCAUCGAUGAACAACUGGCAGUCUCCGGGACAGCUUCAGGGAAUGUCGCCGGUGCAUCUCAAUGUCCAACAAGUUCCACAGUAUAUGCAAUCCAUGACUCCUACGGGGCCAUUUAUUGAUCAAAAUGGAGUUCAAUUUGCGACCCCGUCAGCGCUCGGUCAAGCUCCGGUUCGCGGACAACAUCGAAGACAAGUAUCUGACAUGUCGAGCGCUCCCGAUGCAGCAAACUACGCCAAAAGACAACGGAUGUAUCACAACACACAAAUGAUGCCCCAAAUGGCUGGGCAACAAAAUGGUUGA